GGCCUCUGCAUGCAGUUCUGGAAAGGUGAAUCGGUUCCUUCUGCCUGUCUGGGUUUUGCACCCCGUGGUGGGACAAUUGGCAAGGUACAUAUUCCUCAGAAGGUACCAGAUCCACACAGGACUCCAGCAUUCCAUCAUCCGCCCACGGCAGCCCAACUGCCUGCCCUUGGACCAGGUGACACUGCCCCAGAAGCUGCAGGAGGCAGGUUAUUCCACCCAUAUGGUGGGCAAGUGGCACCUGGGCUUCUACCGGAAGGAGUGUCUGCCCACCCGUCGGGGCUUCGACACCUUCCUGGGCUCGCUCACGGGCAAUGUGGACUAUUACACCUAUGACAACUGUGAUGGCCCAGGCGUGUGCGGCUUCGACCUGCACGAGGGUGAGAAUGUGGCCUGGGGGCUCAGUGGCCAGUACUCCACUAUGCUUUACGCCCAGCGUGCCAGCCAUAUCCUGGCCAGCCACAGCCCUCAGCGGCCCCUCUUCCUCUAUGUGGCCUUCCAGGCAGUACACACACCGCUGCAGUCCCCUCGUGAGUACCUGUACCGCUACCGCACCAUGGGUAAUGUGGCCCGGCGGAAGUAUGCGGCCAUGGUGACCUGCAUGGAUGAGGCUGUGCGCAACAUCACCUGGGCCCUGAAGCGCUAUGGUUUCUACAACAACAGUGUCAUCAUCUUCUCCAGUGACAAUGGUGGUCAGACUUUCUCGGGGGGCAGCAACUGGCCGCUCCGAGGACGCAAGGGCACUUAUUGGGAAGGUGGCGUGCGGGGCCUAGGCUUUGUCCAUAGUCCCCUGCUCAAGCGAAAGCAACGGACAAGCCGGGCACUGAUGCACAUCACUGACUGGUACCCGACCCUGGUGGGUCUGGCAGGUGGCACCACCUCAGCAGCUGAUGGGCUAGAUGGCUACGAUGUAUGGCCGGCCAUCAGCGAGGGCCGGGCCUCACCACGCACGGAGAUCCUGCACAACAUUGACCCACUCUACAACCAUGCCCAGCAUGGCUCCCUGGAGGGCGGCUUUGGCAUCUGGAACACCGCUGUGCAGGCUGCCAUCCGCGUGGGUGAGUGGAAGCUGCUGACAGGAGACCCUGGCUAUGGCGAUUGGAUCCCGCCACAGACACUGGCCACUUUCCCGGGUAGCUGGUGGAACCUGGAACGAAUGGCCAGUGUCCGUCAGGCUGUAUGGCUCUUCAACAUCAGUGCUGACCCUUAUGAACGGGAGGACCUGGCUGGCCAGCGGCCUGAUGUGGUCCGCACCCUGCUGGCUCGCCUGGCCGAAUAUAACCGCACAGCCAUCCCGGUGCGCUACCCGGCUGAGAACCCCCGGGCUCAUCCUGACUUUAAUGGGGGUGCGUGGGGGCCUUGGGCCAGUGAUGAGGAAGAGGAGGAAGAGGAAGGGAGGGCUCGAAGCUUCUUCCGGGGUCGUCGCAAGAAAAAAUGCAAGAUUUGCAAGCUUCGAUCCUUUUUCCGUAAACUCAACACUAGGCUGAUGUCCCAACGGAUCUGAUGGUGGGGAGGGAGAAAACUGUCCUCUAGAUGUUCUUCCCCACUCCGGCUUGGCCCUGCUCUUUCUCAGGGAUAAGCCUGUCACGUCUCCAUCUACAGGGAGUUGGAGAGUGUAGAGUCCCUUGGUUGAACAGGGUGGGGAACCUGGUUGGGGGUGGGUGGGAAUAAACCAGACUGGGAUGCCUGCGUCUCAGUCCUGCCUCCUCACCGACUUGCUCUGUGACCUCAGGUGACCAACACGAGCUUUUGGCCUCAGUUUCCUCCUCUGUAAAAUGAGCUCUAAUGACUUUGUGACUCUUUGGUGUGGCCCUGGAGCCUGGGGCCACGGUGGAGUUCCUCGGCCUUGCCACUUGACAACCCUUAAAGGGCUUCCUCCUUAACACAGGAUCUCUAUGGUGGUGUUUGGGUGAGGGCCGCCUGGAGUCAACCCCCAGCUAAAGCAUGGCAGUCUGACUGCUCUCUACAGGGACCUCCUGAGCACUGUGGGUGGAGGUGCAGGGGUCGGGGGGUUGACCUUCGUGGCUCUUCACAUGGCCUAGGCCAGUCCUCGGGUCAGACUGGUGUCAGGCACUGUAGUGCAAAGUUCCUCUUCUGGCCCCUCCAGUACCCAGAGAAAUUGGCUGGGCCAUUAAUGGCUGCAGCACCAAGGGUGGUGGAAACAGCUGUGAAGAGCCCCCAAACCAGUACCGGGACACCUGGGUUCUCCCGUGACCUUGGGCACAGUUCUUCCCCUCUAGGCCUUGAUUUCCCCACCUGCGAGUGGGGAUGCUAGCCCUGGCUCUGCCUCCCUCAUGAGGCUCUGGAAGACUGGCCAAAGCCAGAUUGUAGAGGAGCUUGUGAACUUGAUUAAAGUGUCAUAACUUGGAAGUGA